UUUACCCUUUAUUUUACUGACGGUGGUCGGCCGGUGGUGCAGGUAUACGGUGCGGUGUACGGCAACGACCCACAAGCUCUGAUCCUCCUGAUAGGGUGGCUGCCGGCGGCAAUCUCCUUCGCCUUCCUCCGCACAAUACGGAUUCUCAAAGUUGUCAGAAUCGUACACGAGCUCAAAGUUUUCUACAGAUUCCUCUACAUCUCACUCGGCUUAGCCGGCUUCCUCAUGGUCAUCAUCAUUCUCCAAAAACAGCUCAACUUCAGCCGAGCCGAGUUCGGUGUCAGCGCCGCCACCGUCGUGGUCCUCCUCCUCCUCCCCGUCGGCAUCGCCGUCAAAGAAGAACUCGAUCUCUCCAAAAACAAAAAACACGAUCUAGAAACCAACAACAACAACAAUUAUCUCGAGAAGCCACCGCCCCCGCCGCCUGUUGCGGCGGCGGCAGCGGCGGCGCCGCCGCCGCCGGAGAAUGAAAUAAUCUCGUGCUGGAGCGGGAGGAGCAUAUUCCGGCCGCCGGACAGAGGAGAAGACUACACAAUCCUGCAAGCACUCUUCAGUUUAGACAUGUUGAUAUUGUUCUUCGCCACCAUCUGCGGCGUCGGAGGUACGCUAACCGCCAUCGACAACCUCGGCCAGAUCGGCGCUUCGUUAGGGUACCCGAAAAAGAGCAUCAGCACGUUCGUCUCGCUCGUCAGCAUAUGGAAUUACCUCGGCCGUGUCGUCGCCGGUUUUCUCUCCGAGCACUUCCUCAAAAAGUACAAAUUCCCCCGGCCGCUGAUGCUAACCCUAACCCUAGCCAUCUCGUGCAUCGGCCAUCUCUUGAUCGCGUUCGGCGUAACAAACGGGCUUUACUUCGCUUCGGUCGUGAUCGGGUUCUGUUUCGGGGCGCAGUGGCCGUUGCUAUUCGCGAUCAUAUCCGAGCUCUUCGGGCUCAAGUACUAUUCGACGUUGUACAAUUUCGGGUCGGUCGCGAGCCCGGUCGGGCUGUACGUGCUGAACGUGCGCGUCGCGGGCAACUUGUACGAUAGGGAGGCGGAGAAGCAGCUCCGGGCUGCGGGCCGGGUCAGGAUUCGGGGCGAGGAGCUCGAUUGUGACGGGGUGGAGUGUUUUAGGUUGGCGUUUUUUAUAAUCACGGCCGUGACCGUUUUCGGUACGUUCGUUUCGUUGCUAUUGGUUAUGCGGACGAGGAAGUUUUACAAGAGUGAUAUAUAUAAGAAGUUCCGGCUCGAGGCGGAGAUGGCUGAGGCGGAGAUGGCGGUGGCUUCGGCCGCCGGAAACGGGCAUGCGGUUGUUCGGGAUUCGAAGUAAUUGAUUGAAUU